AUGAAUUAAAGUGAAUAAUGCACUUUUAAGUUACGUCCCUAUAAGAAAGUGCCUUUAGAAAAGAAAAAGCUAUUAAUUGAAUUAGUGUUUUAAAAGGAUUGGAAAAUUAAAUAGGUUUUUAUUAAUUUUUAUUAUAGGCCUCACUUCAUCUCACCAUCAACUAUGCUACUGCUAAGAAUAUAAUUUUUAGAUACAGAAAGAAUAUUAUUCAAAAAAAAACUUCCUGUCUUCCCGAAUCAAAGAGAUGCCAGUACAAAUUAAUUGGAUUAUCUAAAUCACUAGUAAAGGUUGUAUGCAGUAAGGGAGGAUUAUUAAAUUGUUAUUUUAAAUCCAAGGAUCCAUGA